AUGACGGAGCUUAGAGUCCCCAAGGAGCAGCAGGCCAGUGGCUCCCCUGCAUCCAUCUUUGCUAAGUGCUUCCAACUCUGGGCUGUAGGAUUCUUCUCUACUGAGCGCCACUUAGCCAAUCAGCUCAAGAAAAACAGCUUUUACCCCUUCAAGCAGCAGCAGCCGGAUGGUGGGCAGGGGAACUGGGCGUGGUUAGGUUCCCAGAAGCGGGGAGGGUAUCGGGUAAGGAGGAUAGGCAGGUGUCCUUGUGGGAGUAGAUGGGGUAGUACCAGGGAGAAACUCUGGGUAGGCCCUUUCCCCCAAAUCCCGGGUACUGCCCUUGCCUAUGGGCAGCUCCCAGCUGUCCUCACCUGCUGGGUCACACCGUCCUCAGUCUUUGUGCUCGAGUACUACUUAGACACGCUCUGGAAGGGGAUACUGCUCUUUAUCAUCUGCCUCAUCUGCAUUUCCUGUAAUAUCCUGAAGGAGGUAGACCAUCAGAAGACCUGGUGCUUUCCUGUCUAUGGCAUGGCGAUAGGCCUGUGGCUCAUGCUCUCCUCAAUGCCCCAGCGCCGCCUCGUGCUCAACCACACGCGCGGCAUGUACCACUUCUCCAUCCAGGGCCGUACUGUUUGUCAGGGGCCAAUGCAUCUGGUCUACGUGCGCCUGGCACUCAGCUCUGAUGCCUAUGGAGGUCGCUUCUACCAGCUGGUCCUUUGUGGCCACAAGCUAGAGCCACUUGUGCUGGUGCAGCUGUCAGAACGCUAUGAGCAAAUGGAAUUCUUGGGCCGGCACAUUGCCCGGAAACUCAACAUCAACUACUUUGACUACCUGGCUUCCUCCUAUCGUCAUGUGGUCCGCCACUGGCCACUGGGGGCCACCUUUAGCCCUGGUAUUGUGCAUCGAAAAACACAAGUCUACACUAAGUCAAGUGUCAGCGAACUGGAUGUGUAACCCCUGGGGCCUGAACCCUGGCCUCCUUUUGCAUACCCUACCUCCCUUAUCCCCAUCCUGGAGGGACUGACACCCAGCCCCACCUACUGCCCUUCCUCUAACUAAAGCUGCUUUAGCCUCCAA